AUGCCUCCUCCGGAGACGAUGUUCUGUUCCCAGCAAAUCAACAUCCCGGCGGGACUUCCUGAAGUUCUCAAGAAUUUCACGAAAGCAGCCAUCCGAACUCAGCCCAAAGACCUGUUGGUGUGGUCUGCAGCCUACUUUGAGGCAUUGGCUAAAGGAGAGACUCUGCCAGUAAAGGAUAGGCUGGAGUUGAAUUUUGGCAACCAGAAUAAAGAUGCCUUGCUGACUCCAGGCCUGUUAAAGACCCUUCACAAACAGCUGUCUACUGCAGAAACAUGUGGCAGGGAGGAAUUGCAGGACAAGUGGAAGGCUUUGUGUCUGCCCAUGGACCAGCUGGAGGACAUGUUGAUUCUGGGCAACUUCAGCAUGGAGAUCAGUUGGAUGGAAUUUUUCGCAUUGGGCUGCAGUGCUUUGGGAGAUUCUCUCAAGACCUCCCUCAAGGUCGCCUGCGAGAUCCUGACUGAGGAUGAGGAAGGGGGUGCCGCAAAGAUCCCCUUUGAGAUAUUUUCAUUGCUAUGCACCUACCUGGCUAACUUGGACCCGGAUAUGCCGAAGGGACACGUCGAUGGCUUCCUCAAAAGCCUGGAGCCACAAGUGUAG